AGCAUCUUUCCAGCAAGCAGCAUUGGCAGUCUGCCCCUGUCUAGGUCCAGCAGCCAUUUACCUAUUGGAGAAGGACGGGCAGACAGCAUGAGGUUCCAAGCGCUGACCUGGGCAAUGUGGUCCCUACUCCUUGCCGGCAUCAGAGCAUCGCAGCUGGAGGAGAAGAUUCAGGAGAGCCUGAUGAAGCAGCUGCACCUCUCCCAGAUCCCUGUUCUGGAAAAGGCGGAUGUGGAGAACCUGGUCAUCCCGGAUCAUGUGAGGAACCAAUACGUGUCUCUGAUGAAGAGCAGCUCCAAGGAACCCGUCUCCCGGGGGAAGAGGCACAACCAGGCAAUUGCAGAGAUCAUGGGCAGGUUCUUCUCUGAUGCCUCCAGCCAGCUGUUGGUCUUCAGCAUGAAGGAGCGACUCCCCCCCACCAGGUUGCUGAUCCAGGCUGUACUGAGGCUUUUCCAGAAGCCAUCCCCGAUGGCAUUGAUCAGGAAACAGCAUAAGACGUUCCCUUUUAACUCCUACGCCAGUAUGACCAUCUACUGGGUGCAGACCAGAGAGGAUGGCACCAACCGGACAUUCGUGAUUGAUUCCAGACGAGUAUCCAUUCGAACCGGCUGGAUAACCUUUGAUGUGACCCAAGCUGUGAAUUAUUGGCAGCAGCAGGACAAGUUAGACCAGCCCCUGGUCCUGGAGGUCUCUAUCCAUAGGGAGAACAUAGGCCCAAUGUCUUCCGAUGCCCACAAAUUCAUCUACGUCUCCUCCCAGAACGGUGCUGAUGGAGACUUGUAUGCACCCCAGCUGCAGCUGCACACACUGGAUGCCAGGAAUCUGGGUAUGAGCAAUGCAUGCCAAGGUAAUUGUGAUGCUGACAAGGUGACAGAGGCCACCCGAUGCUGCCGGCAAGAGACAUACAUCAACCUUCAGGAUUUGAAGUGGGCUGAGAACUGGAUCUUGGACCCCCCCGGCUUCAAAGCCUAUAAGUGUGUGGGGACCUGCCAGCAGCUGAAGAAAGAACACCUGAACUUCAAGUGGCCUUUCUCCACACAAAGGAAAUGCCACGUCACUGACACUGCCUCUCUCCCUCUGAUUGUCGCUGUGAAGGAGGGAGACAAGCUGGUGACCAAGGUGAUCAACCUUCACAACAUGAAGGUGACGAGAUGUAGCUGUACCUCUGAAGGCAUGCCCAUCAUGAAGAAACUGAAACCCUAGCGUGUUUCUAGAAGAAUGUGACUUUGAGUUGAGUGAGACACCUGUACACAGGGAUCCUGGAGGCUAUGGAACUCAGGAAGGAGGAGGUAGGAAUGGAAAGUAACUUUUCCUUUAGCAAGCCACUCCUUUAUCAGGCUUAGCCUGCCCUGGUUUUCCUAGGAAGUCAAGAGAAUUUCUUAGGAAGUCAAGAGAAGCCAGUCAAGGAGACAGGCUUCCUGGCUAUGGAUGGGGCCCGAGUCAAUUUUGUGUCCUUCCCCCGCCCCCACCCCCCCAAUUUCCUGUAAUUGCUGUGAGUUAUCUAUUUUCUAAGCACUUUCAUGUACAAAUAUUGUCACCAUAAAGUCCUUGAUGUUAGAUUUAGAAAGAAGAAAUUCUAACCAAUUCAUUAUAGCUUCAGUUGGAAAUAGGAAGAUUGUCUGCUGCCUCCUUCUUCCUCUGACACUCUGCUAUACUCUGUGACUCUCAAGCAAAUUCCCAGUAAAGACUUAUUUUGGAAAGAACUAUAGAACUAGCUCGUUUCUGAUCAUGAGAGUUCUACUGUGAAGCCUGAAGAGAGAGAUUUUUGAC